UCCUAAGCAGGGUACCAACACUGGUGGAGUCACAACAACACCUCCAGGAGGCUGCCACAGCCAUCGCAGCCUGGGUUACCACCUGGGGCCUCACCAUCAGUCCACACAAAAGUGCCCUUAUGUGUUUCACCCUCAAGAGACUGACAGCACCACCUAGUGUCCCUAAAUGGAACACCCGUCCCCUAUGUCAGGACACACAACCUCCUAGGGCUGCGGCUGGAUGGGCCUCGCCCCACCUUGGCCAGCCACAUAGAUUAUCUGCACACACCCUGCAACAAGCAGCUGAACAUCAUAAAGAGGAUUGCAGGUGUCCGCUGGGGGGCUGGCCGAGACGUGCUCCUCCAAUUCUACCGCACCACCAUCAGAGCGCGCCUAUCGUAUGGCAGCAACAUCUAUGGGGCAGCGGCCCCCUCCAGCCUCGCCAAACUAGACACCAUCCAAAAUGCUGCCCUGAGGAUCACAAAGGGGGCCAUGCGGUCCUCCCCAGUUGUCUCCCUCCACGCAGAAAGCGGCAUCCCCCCUCUAGCCACCCACAGAAGAGAGGUGCUGUGCCACCACUACCACCGCAUCUUGAGCCUGCCACCUUCCCACCCACUCUCAAAGCUUUACAGCACCUCAGGAGUCGACCAGCACGCUUCAGUCUGACUCCCUGCAGCCCGCCAACCCCUGAUUGUGAGGGCAUUACUGGUCCACCUACUACUCCACCUCACUCCACCACCACUACAACCCAAUCAGCCCACACUCCCCCAUCCCACCCUGGCUAGACAUCUCCCACACGAUGUCCCUGUACAUCCACGACCUCCCACAUAAACCAACCUCCAGCAUUGUGGCGGCCACACACUUCCUCAAGAUGGACAGGUCCCUCUACCACCACCACUUGAAAAUCUUUACCGAUGGCUCCCACUCUCCGUUUCCACCCUCCACCGCCUCAGCCAUAUAUGACCCCAGCACCAGCACCUGCAGGACAUGGACACUACCCCCAGAGACUGACGUUCUGACGGCUGAGCUCUACGCCCUGCACCAGGCCCUCGCAUACCUUCACACCACCCAUGCCAGGGGCAAGUCUGCCAUUUACACCGACUCCCUCUCAUCACUCCACCUCCUCCUCUCCCGCCACCCAACAUCGUCGACGGCCCUGGCCCACACCAUCCAACGAGCCCUCCUCCUCCUGACAUCCGAGGGGUGGGAGGUCACCCUGCAGUGGGUGCCCUCGCACUCCGGCAUACGAGGCAACAGUAUAGCAGACGCCGCCGCCAAGAUGGCCCUUGCGGAGGUAAACAUCACGCCGCUCCCCCUACCACUCUCCACGGCCAAAUGCCUUAUCUUCCGCACCUGCCGCGCCUCCUGGGAUGACACGCUCGCCAACACCCUCCGCACCACAUCCAUGGGCCAAUACCGCACCAACUCCUCCCCACAGCCGUGGGUGAGAAAAAAGUCCCGCGUCCUAGACGUGGCCUUGACGCGCCUCCGCCUGGGCCACACACGUCUCGGCGCUCACCUCCACCGCCUGCGCCUCGUCCCCGACCCUCACUACCCCUGUGCAGGACCGUCGAGGACACCAUUGAGCACCUGCUGCUGCACUGCCCACGCCACCACUCCCAGCGAGUGUUGCUCCGACACCAACUCCGCGCCCUGGACGUGCCCACCUUUGACCUGCCCACGCUGCUGGCGGCGGCAGGCGUCCACCCAUCACGACAGGAAGCUGUCACCCGCCUCACCUGCGCCUUCCUUAGGAAGACGGGGCAGCUGACGCGCCUGUGAAGCCCUCACAGGACGACACCAGGGCUCAUGUGAGCGACUAGAUCGCCGCGGCCCUAAACAACAACAACAACAACAA